AUGACAGAUACUAUACAAACGUCAGAUGAAGAUAACUUCUUUAACUCAAUUAUAUCUGUUGAACUUUCCAAAAAAGAUAUAAUGAAUAGAAUUAUAUCUCCACAUAAUGUAGAAUUUGAUUUAAUUUAUCAAGAAUCAUCACCAGAAGUCACCUUUACGAUAAUAAUCUCCACAUUGGAUUGUAUUGACUUUUUAUUAAGGAAUCAAAUCUAUGGAAGUAGUGGCCAAGGUAGGUCAUCAAUUAAAAUUGAAAAGAAUAGCCUAGUUGAAUUUACAAUGACAUUGUUUAUUGGUAAAGACCUUUGUAAAACAAUGUUCCAGAGAAUCAAUCUCAUAGUUAGUAAACGGGAGAUGUUUCAACUUUGUCGAUUUGGAAAAGUUACAAGCAAUGGGUAUAUAGUGAAUGUUUCGGUACACGAGAUGCUCCAAUUGAGAAGUAAGGGAUGUAUAAAACAGUUGAAACUAUCAUUUUAUUGGCCAAUACAAUCGAAAAGAUAUUUACAACAAGAGAGAAAUGAGGGAGUAUUUGAAGUAGAACAAGAUCAAGAAGAGGAAGUACUCGAAGAAGUAGAAGAGGAAGAAGAAGAAGAGGAGAAAGCAGCUGAGUACAUUACAAAGGAAAUCACUUUAACCCAAGCAGAUGUUACAUAUAUCAUUGGACGUCAUGGAUCAAGAAUCGACCAUUUUAGAGUGGCAAGCGGAUGUAGGAUUAAGAUCUUGGAAUCAAGUACACAUAAAGAUAUUAUGUUAUCCAGACAGAGAACACCACAAACUAUCACUAUACUGGGGCCCCUUUAUAAGGUACAAGAAGCAAUUAAAAUGAUUCAAAAUGAUUUAAAUCCAAGGAAUGGAUUGGAUGAUACAAUAAUUUAG